AUGACCCAGAAAUAUGCUCUUGUGGCAAAGGUAGCCAACAGCCUCCUGGACUGCACAAUGAAGAGCAAUGCCAGCAGCUCAAGCGAGGUGAUCUUCCCAUCUACUCAGUACUGCCACUAUGAGCAAGACCGGAGUGCACUUAAGCGGAAAGAAUGGGAGAGAAGAAACCAGGAAGUCCAGCAAGAUGAAGAUCUCUUUGCUUCAGGUUUUAACCUCUUUGGGGAACCCUACAAGACAAAUAAAGGCGAUGCCCUUGCAAACCGUGUCCAGAACACAUUGGGAAAUUAUGAUGAGAUGAAGGACCUGUUAACCAACCAUUCCAACCAGAGCCACCUUGUAGGAAUCCCAAAGAAUUCUGUCCCACAGACACCCAUUGACAAAAAUGAACAGAACUUUUUCCCAGAACCUAGAAAUAGGAUGAUCCCAUCUCAUCAGAUCAGUGGCCACUCAUCGACAUCAAUGCCUCCGCCUUCUUCAUUGUCAUCUAAUUCUACUUUGCUACACAGUCACCAGAGCAGCCGGAAGUCGAGGACAGACUGGUCACGUGGUGGUCACAACUCUAGUGGGGCCCAGCCAAGCCAAUCCAGUAGUCAGCAGAGUCGGACAAAGCAUAACUCUUCUCAUGACCAGCCACAGGGCAGGUAUGAAGACCUCUAUAAUUGUCAGAGUGAGCAGCAUAAAAGUGGAGGAACUGAGGAAGCAAAUUCUAUGACAGCAUCUUCACAUUCAAGGAGACAUACUCAUUCGAAGUCAGCAGCUGGAGAACAUACUUACAAAGAAAACAGUCAUUCGAAGUCACCCACAGAGCUUGAGUUUGUAGGUCAUGGUCCUGGAUCUCCACUUCCUUCCACAUCUUUGUUAUCUGCGAACAAUGGUCUUUCAACCCAGAAUUUCCCACCAGGACUUCACUGUAAAAACAGCAUGGUCCAGCAAAAGCCUACAGCGUAUGUCAGGCCUAUGGACGGUCAGGACCAGGUACCCAAUGACUCACCUGAACUGAAACCUCCGAUAGAAAUUGAGAGUGGAUAUGGAAAUCAGUCCUUUGGAACACUGCUGGAAGGAAAAGUGAACACACCUAGUUCGAAGAACAAAGUACCAAAGCUCAACAUUCCUCCUGUUACUGAAGUUACCCUUCCCAAUGACUCCAGCUGUGUGGAAGAAAUAUUACGGGAGAUGACCCAUUCCUGGCCUCCUCCUCUUACUGCUAUUCACACUCCUGGCAAGGCUGAGCAGACCAAGUUUUCUAUCCCAAGCAAGGUACAAGACUCCCAACAUCUGACCUCAGGAUACAAUGUACAAAAGUGGAGUGAUCCAGCAGGGAAAGUUGCAACUAAGUCAGUGCCACAAAAGUCAAUGCUUGAGGAUGAUCUGAAACUCAGCAGUGAUGAAGACGACAGUGAACAGGCUGCUGAAAAGACAAAAUUGAGAAACAUUCCUGUAAACAGCCUGCCAGUGCCAGCAGCACACACAACCGGUUUGGCCCAUUCCAGCGGUGGCUCCGGGAGCUCCAGCGAGUCCGAGAGCAGCUCUGAGUCCGACUCUGACAGCGAGAGCAGCUCCAGUGACAGCGAGUGCAACGAGGAGUCACGCAGUGCCACGCCGGAGCCUGAACCUCCCUCAACAAACAAAUGGCAGCUGGAUAAAUGGCUAAAUAAAGUGAACCCCCACAACAAGACCAUCAUCAACAAUCAAAAUGAGCCUCACAGCGAGACCAGCUCCCAGGCCCAGAGCAACCAGCAGGCCGAAGGGCCAAACAAAGGGAAGCUCAACAGCAGCCUGCCCCCGACCGAUUCCAAAGACCGGGCAAUCCUUAGUCCCAUCCGAGAGAAAGCCAAACCGCGGGUUGCCCAGAAAACGCCAGAGGCAAAAAGCUCCAAGCAAAAGUCACCAGCUCAUAAUGAGCCAACUUCACAAAGGACUACUGGGAAAAAGCAACCCAAAAAGGUAGAAAGGACUUCCAGUGUAGAAGAGUAUAACUGGCCCAAACCAAAUAAUACCAGCAACACUCCCAAAGAAAAAGACACACAGGAACCCCCCGAGCAGCCAAAGGUUCGAACUAAAGCAGCAGUUGGGAAGACCGCUCCAAGGAAAGAACCACGAACUAGCACAGGUCUCACUUCAGAGAAGAAAAAGUACAGAGGCCCCAGCAAAAUUGUCCCUAAGUCCCGGGAAUUCAUUGAAACGGAUUCAUCUACUUCUGACUCGAAUACCGACCAGGAGGAGAGCUUGCAGGCUAAGGUAUUGCCAGCUUGCACUGGGUCUGGCAAUGGCGUCAAAGUGAAGGACUCUGGCAGUAACAUCCUCAGCGUAAGUAGUUUAACUAGCAAUGGCAGCAACACAUCCAUUGACCAGACCAGCAAUGACUUGGAGGAGCAGCUCUUUUCUCCUAUCCCAAUCGUACAAAAUGAACUUCUGUCCCCACUGAGAGAAUAUGAAGAACUCAAAUCUCUGUGGGUGAAAAUAGACCUUAGUUUACUCUCUAGGAUACCUGGACAAGAGCCUUUUGAGACCACGUCUGUGAAAAGUGAACCAAGAGAGGCAAAUGUGAAACACAGACGACCAUCUCGAGAGUCCCCUACCCCAGCAGCCGAAAAAACAUCCACAAAAUCCAAAAGGAAACACAAGCAGACGGAAAGCCUGGAUACCUUUGUUGAAAGCAAAAAGCAGCGCCUGGAGGACCCUUCAGCUUCAUGCCUGCUCCCACCUUGCAUCUCUCCGAUACCGAAUCACAGAUUAACCAGCACUAAAGAGAGCAGCGGUAGCUCAGUGAAGAAGGUGGCAAAGAAAAGAGAAGAGAAGCUGUUCCCUCCUCCAUUAUCCCCCCUCUUGGACGAGCCUGUGCACCGGCGGCACAGCAGUGACAACAGCUCCUUCAGCCAAGAGACCAACAUCACAAACACCUCUCAGACCAGCAGCUCUUCCUCCUCUGUUUCUAAACACAGAAAGAAUGAAAAUAAAUCCUCUUCUAACCCCAAAGGAAUCUGUGAGGAAGAAUCUCACAACACACCAACAGCUAACACUCUUCUUGACACCAGCCAUUUAGAAACAGACAUCUGGUCUGCAAUGCCAACGCUUUCCAAUGGGAAUUCUGAGCCCAGAAGACCCAAAAUAACAUUUGAUGAUGUGCUUCACAAUGCGGAUUAUUACAUGCAAGAGGCUAAGAAGCUGAAGCAUAAAGCAGAUGCAUUGCUGGAGAAGUUCGGCAAAGCAGUGAAUUAUGCUGAUGCUGCCCUCUCCUUCAUCGAGUGCGGGAACGCUAUGGAGCGAGAUCCAUUAGAAGCUAAAUCUCCAUACACCAUGUACUCAGAGACUGUGGAACUCAUCAGGUAUGCAAUGAGACUCAAGAAUUUCACAGGCUCUUCUGCCACGGAAGGGGACAAGAAAUUAGCAGUUUUAUGCUACCGAUGCUUAUCACUUCUCUACUUGAGAAUGUUUAAACUAAAGAAGGACCAUGCUAUGAAGUACUCCAGAUCUCUGAUGGAAUAUUUUAAGAACUCUUCAAAAGCCUCACAGGCCCCCUCACCUUGGGGCGGCAAUGGAAAGUGA